AUGGCAACAACACAAAGCCAAAAUAAACAAUCGAAUGUCUCCAGCGACAACAACAUCAACAAGCUCACGCCAGCCCAAACCGAGGCAAGAGGCAUCCUCAAUCAUGUUCUUACUCAACUCCAAUCUCACCCCCACUACAACACCACCUACGGCCCCUGGAUCCAACGCAACGGCCACGCCCAACUCCUGGCCUUCUGCCAUACCCUCGUUCUUCCCCAAACCUGGAAUUUUCUCUCCCACCGCUGGUCUCUCGAUGCCCUAAAGCCGCUCUCAGGGGACCUGCGCUACUCCGGCCGCGCCAUCUACCUCGACGGCAUCCUGGGCCUCGACAAGCGACUGCGCAUCUACGUUGGGCAGAGCCACAAUCUGCGGGCUCGCGUGGCGCAGCAUCUGAAUUUCAGAUACAGAAGAGAUCAUAGCUCGCUGCACUACUUUGCGCUGCAGGAGAGCGUGUACAAUGUACUUGGCGCCGUCAUUUUUCUACCUGGUGUGAAUAGUGGGCCGGGCACGGAUGACAUGGCGUUGCUGAUGAAUGUGCUCGAGUUGUGGAUGUGUCUUGUUUUUCGGUCGUUGCCGAUGCAGGUGCUUGAGGAGUGGUUGCCCGAUGAUGGGUCGGUGGAGAGGAAGAGGAAAGUAGGGAGGGAGGGGGUGGUCGGCGGACUCAAUGUUGCGUGUCCGCUUGACCAGGGAAGGGAAGAUAGGGCGUUUGUGGAUUUGAGGGACGACGAGGAUCCGCUUAUUAAGGCGUAUUUGAAGGAGGUUAGGAGGAAGAAGGAGGAGGAGAGGGAAGAGGAGCAGGAAAUUGUGAGAAGGAAGGAAGCGUAUGUUGAGAAAGCGAGGGGGUACAAGGGAGGAGAUGGAGAUAUACGUAUUCCGCAAUGGGUUUUGUACAGUGUAUUGGCAGGGGUUCUGGGAUAUGUCUUGGUUAGUAGUAGGGUGGGACAGAGGCUAAGAUGGUGGAUGAGAUAG